AUGGCAGACCAAGGUGAGGACGAUCCCGAGCUUGCAACACUUACUGCACACGCCGACGGAGAUCCUCCACAAGCCAUAGUGGUCACCCCAGGCCAGACCGCCUGUGAUGUGAAACCCCACGUUAUUGCAAUCCUACCGACGUACUGUGGGAAGAGUUACGAGGGACCCUACGAAUUCUUAAAUGAGUUCUGCAAAAUCUCCGACUCCAUCAAUACAUGGGCCGAUUUCAAGUCAGUUUUCCUAGCUGAGUUCUUCCCGUCUUCAAAGACAAGUGCAUUGAAGAGGAAAAUAUCGUGCAUAAGGCAAGAAUACGAUGAGACCCUGAGCGAGUACUGGGAGAAGUACAUGAGUCUUCUGGAGUCAUGCCCCAACCAUCGCAUGAAGGAGAUAGAGGUGCACCACACCUUCUAUGAGGGGAUGAACAAGGAAACAAAGGAUCUGGCGAAUUCAUCAUCCGGAGGCGAUUUCACCCAGUUGAGAGUCAGUGAAGCCAAAAAGGUGUUACGCAAGCUGUUGAAUGCGAAGAAGACGUACGACAACGCAAGGGAUGGGUACAACAGAGAAAGGGUAGCAAGUGCUUCGGCUACUGACCAGGAGGAACGGAUGGAUUUGAAGAUGGAAGAAUUAAAGAAGGAGUUGCUGACUGCAAUCAAGCAGAACACUCCACCACCUUCUCCGAAUGGAGGCAAAGAGGCCCCAGAACUACCAUAUGAACAGCCGGACAACUCGCUAGACAUGGAGCAAGCAAAUGCCGCAGGAUACUACAAUUCCAACGGCAAUUGGAUUCCGGGAAGGCAGAGGGAUGCACCGUGGAGGGACCACCAAAAUUUCCGAUGGGGAGAUGGAAAUCAGAAUCAGAACCAAAAUCAGACUCCAAAUCAACCCAACCCACACCCGAACCAAAAUUCCAACCGUGGCUCAACAAACCCUGACUACCAGUCUAACUGGGUAGGAAGAAACCAUCAUCCUCAUAACCAAAACCCUCAAAACCAGAACCCGAACCCUGCCUAUGUGCCACCCCAUCAGCGAAACAACCAAAACCAAAACCAGAACCAAUUUAACCCAGGGCCUCAACAUAACAGCCACAACCAAAACGAAAAUCAGUACCAGCACAACCACGACCAGUACAACCCUCCUGCCCAGUAUAACCAGUACCCACAGAACCAAAACCAACAAAAUUUCUCGGGCUACCAGUCAAACCCACCACCCCAGUAUAACCAGCACCAGGGCUCAAACUAA